AUGAUUCAGCUUUUAAAUUUUAUAGCUGGCAUGAACAGCACGCUGGAGUCUAAGUACGAAGGUGGUGAACUCCUAGAACAAACUGCCACGGAACAAACAACGGUGGAACAUUGUUUCGAUAGUAUGGAUUCUUACUGUUCCCACUGUUGCAACUCGACGGAGUAUUCGGUAAAAUCGCUUCGUGAAUUCUUCCUCUCGAACAAUAAUCAUGAAGUAAAGGCGGAGGUGAAACCAACAUCGGCAAAAAUAGAGCGACUUCCGGAAUGCAAGUGCAGAGAACACACAGCAGUGCACCAAUUGCCGGAAAAGAAGCCAUCAAACGAACGGGUAAGUGAGACGCGUUCCGUGCAAGAACUAAAACACCUGUUCGAGAUGAAGAUGAAAUCACACGAACAAGCGUCCACCAAUGGUUCGUUCGGUACAUAUUCGAGACCUGUCUCCGGCAAGACGGAUGAUCGACAGGACACCGUCUCCCAGGACCCACCGCAUCCGGAAGGACAAAUUUUCAUGUACAGCGAAUCACCCGCCCUUAGCAAGCCAUGCACACGGUGGAACAUUACCAAUGCAAAUGUUGUAGAAAUUCCGAACGGAAUGCAAAUUACCAUUACCAUGAUGAAGGACAGCAAACAUUGA